AUGGAUGCCGAUCAAAAUAGACCGCUCAGUGAUAAAGAGUUGCGAGAAAUAGUUGCGAAUUUGGCCAACAACAUUUCAGACAGCGACCAUGAAUCAGAACUUGAUAUAGAAGACUCUACUGAUGAAGAAAGUAAUCACGAAAGCAUAGCGUCCGAAGAAGAUGAUCUACAAUCAGAAUCUGAGAACGAAGAGAGUGAUGCCUUACUCAUAGAAGAAGAGUCGGAAAUCUUUACUGCAAAGGAUGCAACUGUGUGGUCUUCAUCUCCCUUGCCAACAGGUCGCGUUCGUUCUACCAAUAUUCUCAAAGGCGCUGUAAAUAAAGUGAUAUUGCCUCCUGGAAAGAUACUUGAAGAACCAUUAGAUUCGUUUCUCCUCUAUAUGGAUGAUUCCAUAAUUGCCGAUAUUGUAAGGUUUACUAAUAAGGAGGGAAAUCGUGUCCGUGAAUCCAAACCUAAUCUCAAGUGGAAAGAUUGUGACAUUAUUGAAAUGAAGGCCUUCUUCGGACUAUUGAUUACAGCAGGUCAUUUGAAACAAAAUCAUACCAGCUAUGAAGUUCUAUGGAGUGCUUUGUAUGGGCCCCCAAUUUUUAGAGCUACUAUGGGAUUGUCGAGAUUCAAAAGUAUCAUGAGAUUCAUGCGAUUUGACGACAAAGAAAGUAGGAAUGAACGCAGAAAACGUGAUAAGUUUGCGCCAUUUCGAGAAAUUUGGAACAGACUGAACAAAAACUUUGGAAAAUAUUAUAUGCCAGGAAAGAACCUCACUGUAGACGAGCAACUCAUUCCAUUCAGGGGUCGAUGCCCAUUCAUACAGUAUAUGCCAGCAAAGCCAGACAAAUAUGGCAUGAAGGAAAAGAAGGAAACCAAAGAGCGCAAGGGUUAG